AUGGACCGGCUCGUACAUUUAUUAACUCUGUCGUGUAAUUACAUACAACACGAGGGUCCCUCCGAACCACGACCCGGCCCGCCAGGCCCGCAGCCGGCCCCGGCCUACACAUGGAGCGUUGGGGAACUUUUCGUAGCUCGUGGGUUCCCGACAGCGGGCCAGAGGCUGCGACCAUUAGGUAGUUGGUGGAUAGAUGCUUACCAUCGGCCGGAGAGGGAGAGAGGCUUGAGAGUGAUGUUUGUACCGGUGUCCGGCUCGCUGGAGACUCACGAGCAUAGAAAUAAUGAGAGGAAGCUGGCGGGGACGGACGGAGCCGCGGGACGAACUAUAGUACCUGGGCCGGUCGCCUUCCACACGUAA